UGUGCUUGUUUGUCUCUUGAGUUGCGAUUGUGUGUUUGGUCUUCACUUACACCAGCUCUUUCAACCAUAUCAAGCCAACCCUCUUUCAUUUAUUCAACUCUACAGUUUCACCACAAAGAAUUCGGUGGCCCAUCAUGGAUGUCGUACUAGAGGUUGUCGACACCUUUAUUGCCGACUAUGCAUAUGCCUACUUCUACCCAAAGCGUCUAGCUCCCUACGACUUCCCGUCACCAUCCAACACAACCGACACAUCAGCCAAGGCCUUCUCGACAUGGAUUUAUAAACCGGCCACACAGUUCAUUACACUAGAGCCACCAGAGCAAGCAUACAUGAGCUCAUGGGAUCGCGAUAACCCCCUUCGCCAGGCGCUUACCCUGUAUCUCAUCACUUGGAUCUUUGGACUUCUUGUCUAUUUCAUUGUUGCUACACUCUCAUACAUAUUCAUCUUCGACAAGCGCACCUUUGAGCACCCGCGAUUCAUUAAAAAUCAGGUCCGCAUGGAGAUCAUUGCAGCCAACAAGGCCAUGCCAGUCAUGGCCAUCAUCACAGCGCCCUUCUUCCUCCUCGAAGUUCAAGGCUACGGCAAACUGUACGACACCACCGAAGAUGGACCCGGCCUGUGGUAUGACUUCUUUCAGUUCCCACUCUUCCUCCUUUUUACCGACUUUUGCAUCUACUGGGCUCAUCGCUGGCUUCACCACCGUUUGGUCUACAAGUAUCUGCACAAGCUUCACCACAAGUGGAUUAUGCCUACUCCCUUUGCCAGCCACGCCUUCCACCCUCUUGAUGGCUUCACUCAAUCCUUGCCUUACCACAUCUUCCCUUUCAUCUUUCCGCUUCAAAAGAUGGCCUAUGUUGCACUCUUUGUGUUUGUUAACCUCUGGUCGGUCAUGAUCCACGACGGCGAGUAUCUCACCAACAACCCUGUCGUCAACGGUGCUGCAUGCCAUUCACUUCAUCACUCUCGCUUCGAGGUCAACUAUGGUCAGUUCUUCACUGCCUUUGACCGUAUGGGCGGUACCUACCGUAUGCCUGAGCAGUGGAUGUUCGAGCGGGACAUGAAAAUGUCCGAAGGUCGUUGGAAGAAGGAGAUCGAAAAGGUGGACGAGCUCAUUGAAGAGAUCGAGGGAAGUGACAACCGCACUUAUACGGAUAGCGCGCCCAUCAUGAAAAAGACGCAAUAAGCGUACGUGUGGCUGAUAAAGGUUCUUUUUACCGAUGCCAUGACACACCGGAUUGGGUCGAGAUAUCAGAGUUUGACCAAACCUUUGACGUCCUCGUCAGAGGUGGACCUUGGCGUUUGAAGUAGCUGAACAUCGAUGCCCAUAUUUGUCGGCUCAGGUGUUGUUGAUUCUUGUACAUACUUUUUGACCUUUGUAAUGGUCUUCACUCACUUAUGGCGUCUGGCGGAGAUGGUAAUGAUUUGGAAUAAUCCAUCAAAUGCAUUUGAAUAACCUGAAGCUACGAAAAAGAAAAAAAGUACAGUAGCU